UGAAAAGCAACUGUUUGGAGCAUUUGAUUAGUCACACGCCAGUAAUCUUGCUCUCUAUAUAAAGACGCGUAAUUUGGUCAACCUAUGCAAAUUUAACAAACCAUCUGCUGAGAAAAAACGAAUAUCGCGAUACAGAUAAUAGAUAAUAAAAUGAAAGUGGUACUUGGUGUUGUUUUUCUAUUCGUGGUAACACAUGGUUUAGAUGAGCUGAUUAGAGAUUACGAAACAAGUUUAAAAUCAGCGGAAUUAGUAGCCACCAUUCCUGUAUUAGCUAUGUCCUACAAGAUUUCGUUUGAUUUAAAACCCAAGUCAUACUCAUAUGGUUUUCACAGUGUUCUUCAUUUCACAGUUGGUAAUGAUAUCAGUGAAUACGGAGACAGAACUCCUGCACUUUGGUUACGACCCUAUGAACCUAACUAUAGGGGUUUUCACAUUACUGCACCGAUAAAUGGAAAUAGGAAUAGACAAAUCAAUAUUGAUGCACUUCCCCUCAAUGUGUGGACAAACGUUGUUAUUAGUCAGCAACGUGUUGAUGACAAAUAUGUUUUCACAAUUGACGUAAAUGGAACAAACGCAUUUUCUGAAAAUAAUGCCAAACCCCAAAAAUUUGAAAACGUCAAAGUUUUUGCUUCAGAUCCGUGGUAUCCAUCUCAAGAUGGAUCGAUAAAAAAUCUCAUUCUUGUAAACGGGGAGCCUGGUGAAUCUUUAGCGAACGCUGUACUGAAGUCAAAAUAUUUUGUGAAUAAUGAAGUUGAAGAGACACUGAAAAAAAAUAACUUGGUUGCGGUUUUGUCAAAAUUAGAACAAUCAUUUGAUAUUUAUUUCGAUUUAAAACUCAACAGUUUUUCAAAAGGAUUUAAUAGUGUCAUUCAUUUGACUAUAGGAGAGGAUAAUUCGAAAUACGGUGACCGAAUUCCUGGCAUUUGGAUGAAUGAAAAUGUGUUACACCUUGGUUUUGCAAUUAACAAUAAUAAAAAUGAAUUUUUUAAUUCCAAGCCACUUCAACGAGGCGAGUGGAUAAAUAUUCAUAUACGUCAACACGCUGAAUCGGGAAGUGCUUCUUUUACUUUAUAUAUCAAUAACGAAAAUGUAUAUACUGUACAAAACUUCAACCCACAAGUUUUUACAAAUGUCAAAGUUUACGCAGGAGAUCCGUGGUAUGAAGCUCAGGAUGGCUCCAUUAAAAUGUUCAAUGUCAUUAAUGGAUAUUUAGAUGGCAAAAAGGAAGUGAAAAAGGACGCCAUACGAAAAAAGGCGUUUCGGUUAAAUUAUUAAUAUAUGUCAACGACUUGAUUUUUUAUUUCAAAUUUCUUUUUAUUUGUAGUUUUGAUAGUUUUUUUAGUAUGUAAUUUUUGAUGUUUUGAAUUUGUAUUUUUUAUUUUAAAAUACAUCUUUCGCAUUGCAUUCUGUUUAGUUUUUUAUUUUAAAGAAAUUACUGUAUAUUCCGAUGAUUUAUGUAUCAAAGCUAAUAGAAAAAUAACAAAAUAUAUGCAAAAUAU